GUGACAUCCAGCGGAAGUAGUCAAAACAAGCUGGAAGGUGAAAUUAAUUAGUUAAUUACUAAUUAAACAACAAUGUCUUCAGUUGAGUAUUUGAGAGAGUUUGUCAAAGAGAGACUAACUGCUGCUGCUGAAGAAAUAUUCGGAGUUUUUACAAAAACUAUCGUCGAGUACGAGGAAGAGAUCAACCGUCAGCGCAGACUGUUGGACGUCGUUUGGAAACCAGAAAUAAAGUUACACAGGAUAGAGCUCCCACAGCAACAUGUGUGUAAGGAGGAGGAGGAGGCUCUCACAGACCAGCAGCUCUGUAUUCAGGAGAGGAUCCCCAGUCUGGACCAAGAGGACCCAGAGCCUCCACAGAUUAAAGAGGAACAGGAGGAACUCUGCACCAGUCAGCUCGAACUGAAGGAGGAGGCUGAUACCUUUAUAUUGACUCCUACUCAUGAGGAAAGUGACCACGGUGAAGAUCAGACUCUGGACUCUGAUGAUACUUUUGGUGAAGCAGAGAAAGAGUCUGUAGCCAACAUGCCAGUUAUAAGUUCUGUGCUGUCAGAAGCACACAGUGACCACCAGGUCCUCUUUCACAAUCCUCAUGAGGCUGAGAGCAAAGAGCAGAAAGGAGGCAAGCAUGGAGACUCAGGACCAACUAGACAUGCAGAGGCAGAACUAAAGGAAAGACACCAUAAAAGCAGAAGUCACUGUAAUAUUCGCACAGGUAAAAAGUCUUUAAAAUGUGACACAUGUGGGAAAGAUUUCCAGUAUAAGUCAUCACUGGAGAGACACCUGAGAGUCCACACAGGUGAGAAGCUGUUUACGUGCAAACAAUGUGGGAGAGGUUUCAAGCAGAAUUCUCAGUUGACCGGCCACAUGAAAUGCCACUCAGGUGAGAAGCCAUACACUUGCAAAACAUGUGGAGAAAAUUUCAGAUUUAGUAAUGCCUAUUUGGCCCACAUGAGAACACACACAGGUGAGAAGUCUUAUACUUGUAAAAUCUGUGGAAAAGGUUUUGGAUGUAACGGUAAUUUGUUGGUUCACAUGAGAACACACACAGGUGAGAAGCCAUAUACUUGUAAAAUCUGUGGAAAAGGUUUUGGAUGUAACAGUAGUUUGUUGGUCCACAUAAGAACACACACAGGUGAGAAGCCUUAUACUUGUAAAAUCUGUGGAAAAGGUUUUGGAUGUAAUGGUAAUUUGUUGGUUCACAUGAGAACACACACAGGUGAGAAGCCAUAUACUUGUAAAACCUGUGCAAAGGGUUUUGGACAAAGCAGUAGUUUGUUGGUCCACAUGAGAACACACACAGGUGAGAAGCCUUACACUUGUAAAAUCUGUGGAAAAAGUUUUGGAUUAAACAGUAGUUUGUUGGUCCACGUGCGAAUACACACAGGUGAGAAGCCAUAUACUUGUAAAACCUGUGGAAAAGGUUUUGGGUGUAGCAGUCAUUUGUUGGUCCACAUGAGAACACACACAGGUGAGAAGCCAUAUACUUGCAAAACCUGUGGAAAGGGUUUUGGACGUAACAAUAAUUUAAUGGCCCACAUGAGAUCACACACUGGUGAAAAGCCAUAUACUUGCGAAUCCUGUGGGAAAAUUUUCAGGUUUAAAAGUAGUUUGUUGGUCCACAGGAGAUUACACACAGCUGAUAAGCCAUAUACUUGCAAAACCUGUGGAAAGGGUUUUGGACGUAACAAUAAUUUAAUGGCCCACAUGAGAUCGCACACUGGUGAGAAGCCAUAUACGUGCGAAUCCUGUGGGAAAAUUUUCAGGUUUAAAAGUAGUUUGUUGUUCCACAUGAGAACACACACAGGUGAGAAGCCGUAGGCUUGCAAACCUGUGGGAAAAUAUUCUGUGUCAUGUCAUAAUUGGAAAGACAUGACAAUCCACACAGGUGAGAAACCAUACACUUGUGAAAUAUGUGAGAAAAUGUUCAGUUGUAGUGGUAACUUUUGACAGUCCACAUGAGGAGAGCCCACACUGGUGAAAAGCUGCGUCUUUGCAAGACCUGUGGGAAAAGAUUUGUCACAUCAACUGAACUAAAGGGCAUAAAAAUGUGCACACAGACAAGUAAAUUUCUGUUGAAACCCACACGGGUGGGUUACCUGUUUCAAGUUCUACCCCUGCUAAUAUGUUUUAUUUAAAUUAUUUACCUCAGAGUACUGCAAAAACAUUUCAGUUAAGUGCAGAGACAAUAACCAAAGGUUCCUCUUUAUAUUGGUGGAAGUAUAUUAAAAUAGAAGUGCUCUAACAAAAAUAUUAGGAACACAAUAAGUCAUGUUACUGUUCCUUCAUCAAGGUGUUUUUGUCUUCUUCAUGUGAUGAUAUUAAGUGUGAAAACACAUGGAAAAUGUGUGGUAAAUACUGUACAAAUAAGAUUAAGGAAGUAUCUUUCAAGAAAUUACAAAGAAUUUACACAGUAAAGUUUGUGUUUGAAAGAUUCAGCCUGGAUUUUCAUUAUAAAUGUGAUUCCUGUGGACUGUAAAAAGAGUGUAUAUAUAUAUAUAUAUAUAUAUAUACCAGAAUGUUUUGGAUCGAUGCUGCCAUCUUUAUAAUAAAGACAUUUCAGAUAAAUGUAAUAAUAUACAACUUUUAUUAUUUUUGGAAAACUCUUAAUUCGUAAUAAAAAGUGGUCAGAAACCAAACCAACUUUCCUGCACUUUAUUAAUGCGUUCCAACAAUAUGCCACCAUCUUAUCCACUGUCAAGAACAAAAAAGCAUUGAAGACCUUCAAGUUAUUAAGUGAUUAUAAUAUGAUGCA